AUGAACAAAGCCAACAACAACUCAGCUGCACAAGCGAAAAAACCCCAACAAAAGAAAGUGGUAAAGAAAGUGAAAAAGACUCUUGCGAAUCCGUUCCAACCACAAUUCAAAAUAUUAUCUUCGGAGCAACAAACCAAGGUUCUGAAAUUAAUUCAACAAUAUCCUUGUCAAAAUAUAAUUUAUGAAGUUACCAAAAUUUCAGAAUUGAUUUCUAGCUCGCAAUCUCAUCAAGUUAAAUUAGUAAUUUUUCCGGAUGCACAUUAUUUGGAAAUUAAUCCUAUUCAAAUAGAUUUCCUCAGAAAUCAAUGCUCAUAUGCAAACAUACCCUUUAUUAAUUUAGAAAUUAAUGUUCAAUCGUUUACUGAAGCUUUGAGGUGCCAAAAUGAAUCUCUGGCUGUACAUUGCAAUAACUUUCUCAAAGCUAUUGCUUUUAAGGAAUCAAAUGGUAAUGCUUUAGAUCACCAAACAAUGCCUAACAUUUUGCAGCUAUUAACCCAAGAAAAUAAUUUUGGACCAUCAAUUUCUACUGACGAUCUGUUCCAUGUACUCCCCUUCAUUGCUUCUUCAUUUAGAUACGAACAAGCUCGUGUCGAAGACGUCAAGCCAUUGAAGAAAGUGUAG